GUCCCUUUCGUCAGGGGAGGACGAAGCAAGUUCCGAACAUGAAGAUGGCAUCAACCACGGCAGUUGCUCUGGUCCUGGCCGCUGCGAGGAUUCACUUUCUCCCCGGUGCCUUCGCUUUUGUGACACCCGCCGUCGGCGGCACCGACCGGGCGACCUGGGCCGUUGCUUCGACACGAGCGCAACAACAACAAGACCCGCUUCCACCGUGGGACGAGACCUCCAACCCGAUCGCGACCGUGCGCGAGAUGCUGGCGGCGCCAGAUGCCCCGGAGGACACACCGAACCGCUUUGAUGGGAUUGGGGGGUCGAGCGGUGGGAUCUGGCGCUCAAGGGUAUAUGGGCUACUUCCAGCGACGGUGAUUGAUGCUCGGGAAGGCACGAAAUGGAUGACGAAGGAAGAAGCCGCCGGAAAUUUGUACCAGGACUGGCUGGAAAGCACGAUCCAGGUUGUGGGAGAAAAAGCGGUCAGCAACCUUGGAACGCAGCAUGAGGUGCAUACCAUCGUCAGGAGGGUAUACGGUGAGGCGUUAUCCUCCAAAGCCGUCCUUAGACUACAGCCGCUCCUGGAGGCUUCUCUUGGAAGGCUGGUUCUUCGUUGGGAAGAGCUCGCCGAAACAGGCCAGGAACUGACAAUGCAGGACGACCUCAGGAGGUUUAGUCUGGAAUCGAUCGCGGGAGCGUUCUUCGGCGACUACGCCACGCCCAGGUUCAUCCAAGACACCGGGCGCUUACUCCCGAUUCUCAGCCAAGGGUUGAUCAGUAUUCCGUUCCGGUUCCCGCCGCCCCUGAACAAACUCCCGAUGCUCGGCUUCGGACUCUCGAUGGACGCUAGAGAAGAGCUCAAAGGAGUAAUUCGCGACGCGCUGCACAGGCGACGCGUGGACCUGGCGUCUGGGGAGGGCACCAGCAAGAACCCCGGCGUCCUGGACUCCUUCUUCGAUCUUCAGGACCAGCAGCAGAUGGGCGCCGAGGGUGCGCUGGACGGGAGCUUUUCCUUCGACGACGACUUCAUUAUUGACAACGGCGUUGUUGCUCUUUUCGGGGGAAUAGACACGACUUCGGUGACCCUCACGCGCAUUCUGCAGCUCCUCGGGACUGCGGAGGACGGCAAGGAGGUAAUGGACCAGCUCAUCGACGAGCUUAACAACGACGCAACGAGUGGAGAUAUCGCCCUCGAAGGCGGUGCCGCCGGUUCGGUCGGCACCUUGGAAUCGCUGCCUCUCUUCAAAGCUCUGGUGCUCGAGUCAACUCGGCUUUAUCCCGCCAUCGCGGGAUUGUCCCGAAAGGCUCGUAAGGACUUCAGCUACAACGGAUACCUCAUCCCGGAGGGGCAGACUAUCAACUGGAACCUCAUCCACGGGUCACGCGCCGAGAAGCUCUACCCCGAACCGGAAAAGUUCUGCCCGUUCCGUUUCCUGCAUGGAGACGAAAAGAAGGAUACAGACAGCGCGGCCUCGCCUGGUACUGGUGCCAGGUCCCCAGGGCAGCCGAUCCCUCCGAUGUGGGGCUUCGGGAAGCACAUGUGCCCCGGCCGUGACCUAGCGAAACUCGAGAUGGUGCUGUUCAUGAAGACAUUCCUGCCCAAGUUCGACUUUGAGGUCGUGGAGGGGCAGAGCUUCAAGAGCACCCUGCCUACGGGCGGGCCGAAGGACAAGCUGCGGAUAACCCUCAAGGCUAAGCCGGCUGCUACUGCUACUACCGUGCCUCGGACAAAGUCAAUCGUGACGUCUUGA